CUACACAAAUAUGUGGGAAGCUCCUACAAGGAACGUGUCGUGCUAGGGCCUGACGAGCGCGCCAUGGUCCGCACGGUCAACUCCGCUUAUAGCGUCAUUGAGACGCAGAUCGCACUCGAGGCCGCUUUUCGUGUCGGCGACGCGCAUCCGGACUGCUCAGUUUUUUGGGUUCCCGCUGUGGAUGCCACCAGUUUUGAGAACGCAUACCGCGCUAUCGGCCAGCAGCUCAAGGUACCCGGGAUCGACGAGGAGAAGGCAGAUUCCAAGGCACUUGUCAAGACAGCUUUGAGUUGUGAAAGCACGGGCAGCUGGCUUUUGGUCAUCGACAACGCUGAUGAUAUAAAGCUCUUUGGUGACACAGACCUCGCCGACUAUCUUCCAUUCAACCGGAAAGGAUCUAUUCUGUUUACAACGCGAAAUCACGAAGUUGCGGUAGAGCUAGUCGAGUUUGAGCGUCGCAUCAUUCCAAAAGGGUUGAAGGGGGAUCAGAUAGGCGAUGUGGCAAGUACUGACGCGCUGCUGGAAUUUCUUUGCAAUCUCCCCCUAGCAAUACGGCAGGCCUCUGCUUAUAUGGGCAAGAAGCAGAUUUCGACUACACAAUACCUAGAGCUAUGCAACUCCAGUGACGAGGAUACGAUCGAGCUGUUAAGCCGGGACUUUGAGGACCGACAUCGAUAUAAGGACAUCCAAAACCCUGUCGCCACAACUUGGCUGAUUUCGUUCCAGCACAUCUCGGAGCACGACCCGCUGGCAGCCAAUUACCUCAGGUUUAUGUGCUUCCUAGCUGGGAAGGAUAUUCCGCAAGCUCUGCUGCCGCCGUCUGGGAGGCUAAAAACUAUUGACGCACUUGGGACUCUAAAGGCAUAUGCAUUCAUCUCACAGCAUAAGGAGUCAGAUACUUACAACAUCCAUCGGCUAGUUCAAAUAUCGAUGCUCUCUUGGUUAGCUCAAAGUGGAGAGCAGGGGGAAUGGGCCGCCAAAGUGCUACAACGGCUUGCAGACGUGUUUCCUUCUCCAAAACACGAAAACAGGGAAGAAUGGAUACGGUAUCUUCCGCAUACACAGCGCGCUCUUGAGUUGCGGAAGAGCAUAGAAGACGGGGACGCACUGAUAGGUCUUAUAUUUAAUGUAGGUGAGGGUCUUCACCAGUUAGGAAAAUAUGAAGAUGCGGAGCGGAUGCAUCGGCAGGGAUUGGGGUUGAGUGAAAAGGUGUUGGGCAAGGAGCAUCCAGACACGCUUACCAGCAUGAACAGCCUUGCGAACACGCUCACCAGCAUGAACAGCCUCGCGCUUGUACUUGAAAGCCAGGGGAAGUACGAGGAGGCCGAGCGGAUGCAUCGGCAGGCAUUGGGGUUGAGGGAAAAGGAAUUAGGGUUGAGUGAAAAGGUGUCGGGCAAGGAGCAUCCAGACACACUUACCAGCAUGAACAACCUCGCGAGUGUACUCAGGAGGCAGGGGAAGUACGAGGAGGCCAAGUGGUGCUGA